AACAUAUUUUAAAUUAAAAUUAAACACCUGAAGGUUUGCAUUUUAUUAAUAAAAAAAAACAAAGAGUAUAUACUCAAAUUAAAAUAUAAAUAUUUUUUAGGUUUUGAAAAAUUUGAAAGAAAAAAGAAAUCUAAAAAUUAAUAAUAAAAAUGUAAAUCUAAUAUAAUCCAUAUUUUAUUUCAUAAAAAAUAGAGGAAUAGAAUGAAAAAGAAGAGAGCUAAGGAAAAAAUAGUUAAGAAAAACAAUUUUAAUGAGAAAAUUAAUAAAAUGAAGAUGAACUAUAAAAUUAAAAUGUUUAAGAAUAAAUAGAAGAAUAAAUUUAUUAAUAAGAUAAAGACCAUUAAAAGAAAGCCGUCAAUAAAGAAUAAAUUAUUAUGAAUAAUUUAAAUAAUUUAAUUAAAGAAUGCAUGAAUAGUUAAUUUUUUUUUAGCAAUAAUUCAAAAAAUAUAAAUUAUUUUUUGGUGGAUUUUUAAUAUUUCUAGGCUUUUCUGCCUUUAUGAGUUAUAUGAAUUAGAAGGUUUACAUAACAUUAGAUGUAAAAAUAUUAUUUUUUAUCAAAAACGUUAUAUAAUUAUAUAAAAAAAAGGAAUUCUUUAAUAAUUAUUUAACUCAAUUUAAAGUAAAAGAUAUUAAAAUUGAAUAUACUACUUCUUAAAAUAGUUUAUAUUUAAAUGCAAGAGUAAAUAUGAAAGACAACACAACUAGGUAUAUAGUAUUAGGAAACGUAGAUCAUUUUUUAUAAAAGAUAGAAGAGUUUUAAAAAGAUAGUUUUAAUUAAAUUAAUAUUGAAUAUGAUUAUGUAUAUGAUAAUGCCUAUAUUGUUUAAUCUAUGGUUUCUUAUACCAAAAAUAUUAUUUAUUAUACCUUAAUUUUAUAUAUCAUCAAAAGAUCUCUUAAGACAAAAGUAGGAAGUGAUUUUUUUAAUAUGGGUAUUUUUUUUUAUUUUUUUCAUUAAUUAAUAAUUAGUUAAUUUAAUAAGGUAAAUCACAUGUAAAAGUCUAUGGAUUAGAAAAUAAAGUAGAAACCAAAUUUAAAGAUGUUGCCGGAUAAGAUGAAGCUAAAUAAGAAAUUUAAGAGUUCGUUGAAUUUUUAAAAAAACCAAGAAAGUUUCAUAAAAUGGGUGCUAAAAUACCUAAAGGAGCCUUAAUUUCUGGCCCUCCAGGUACAGGUAAAACUCUUCUAGCAAAAGCUUGUGCAGGAGAAGCUGGUGUUCCGUUUUUUUAUAUUUCAGGAUCUGAUUUUACUGAAAUGUUUGUAGGUGUAGGAUCUUCUCGUGUACGUGAUUUAUUUAAAUAAGCAAAAGAACAUUCUCCAUCAAUAAUAUUUAUAGAUGAAAUUGAUGCUGUAGGAAAAAAAAGAAAAAAUUAAGGAAAUGAUGAAAGAGAUAAUACAUUAAAUUAACUUUUAGUAGAAAUGGAUGGGUUUGAUACUGAUGGCAAUGUGAUUGUAUUAGCUGCUACAAAUAGACUAAAUUUACUUGAUCCUGCAUUGACUCGUCCAGGUAGAUUUGAUAGAAAUAUAGAAAUAACACUUCCUGAUAUAGACGGUAGAAGAGAAAUAUUUUUAGUUCAUUUAAAAAAGCUGAAAUUGGAGAAUUCUAGAACAAUCGAUUAAUAUGCUAAAAGAUUAGCCACAUUAACACCUGGAUUUAGUGGUGCAGAUAUAAUGAAUUUAUGUAAUGAAGCAGCAAUAAUGGCAGCUAGAAAUAAUAAAUAAGCAGUUGAUUCUUUAAAUUUUGAAUUAGCAACUGAAAGAGUCAUUGGAGGUUUGGAAAAGAAAAAAAUUGUUUCAGAAGAAGAAAGAAAAAUUGUGGCUGUUCAUGAAUCUGGACAUGCUGUUGUUUCUUGGUUUUUAAAAGGGGGAGAUCCUUUACUUAAACUUACUAUUAUUCCUAGAACUAAAGGUUCUCUUGGAUUUGCUUAAUAUUUACCAAAUGAAAGCAGUUUGCAUAAUAAAAAUGAACUUUUUGAUAGAUUAUGUACUAUUUUGGGAGGAAGAUGUGCAGAAGAAGAAUUCUUUAAUCGUAUUACUACUGGUGCUUAUGAUGACUUGAAAAGAGCUUAUGAUUUAUGCCAUGCGAUUGUUACUAAAUAUGGUAUGAAUGAAAAGUUAGGGUUUGUUGGCUAUAUUGAAAGUGAUUAUAGCAAAACUUAUUCAGAUUUAACAAAUAAAGAUAUUGAUGAAGAAAUUCAUAAUUUAAUUGAAGAAGCUACAAUAUAAACAAGAUAAAUUAUAAAAUAAUAUAAGGAAUACAUUUAAAAUUUAUCGUCAGAAUUAUUAUUAAAAGAAACCCUUGAUUUGAGAUAAAUUUAAGCUAUUUUAGGGAAAAGACCUUUUGAAGAAAGAUCUAAUUUUAAAGAAUACUUAAAAACUUAAGAAGAAGAUAUGAAAGAUUUAGAAAAAUAAUAAUAAUAAAAAGAAUAAUAGAAUUAUCCCGAAGGUUAAGAAAAUGAUGGAUAAGAAAAGAAACAAAAAGUAACACCAGGAUUAUUACGUUUACAAACAGAUUUGAGCGACUUAGGUACCGAUUUACCUAAAAAUGCAACUUUAGAAUGGCCUGAUAAAGAAGUUUUAACUUUCAUGAAAUUAACAGUAUGGCCAGAUGUUACUAGUUAUUGGGGAGGUGCUAAAUAUGCAUUCACUAUUGAAAUUAGUCCUGAUUAUCCUCAUGCAGCACCAAAAGUGCAUUGUGAAACUAAAAUUUAUCACCCAAAUAUUGAUUAUUAAGGAAAUGUUUGUUUAAAUAUUUUAAGAGCAGAUUGGAAACCUGUUUUAAAUUUAUAUAAUAUUAUAUCUGGAGUCCUUUUUUUAUUCAUUGAACCUAACCCUAAUGAUCCUUUGAAUAAAGAAGCAGCAUAAUAAAUGAUUGAUAAUAUAAAAUAAUUUGAAUUAGAUGUAAAAAGAUCAUUAAAAGGAGGAUAAGUUAAUGGAUAAUAUUUCCCUAAGUUAAUCUGA